AUUUGUUGGAUCGCAUCAGCAGUCACGCCAUCUCACCACUGUACCCCUCCGCGGAAAUCGCUUUCAGUGGUACGCAAGCAGCUUCGCGUUCCGCUCCGCUCCAUACGCCGAAGAUCGCCAGAAGCACGCAGCCAAAGCCACAGGAUUGGACGCGGUCUCUCCAGGCUCGUGUAACCGAGGCGCCGUGGAUCUAAUCUUAUCAAUCUCCCCCACCCACUACUGCCACCAUCAGUUGACCAAGGUCUCGUGCCACACACAGCGUCCGCCAUCAAUUACCCAAUACUCGAACCACCUCUCGGAGCCGGCUCUCUCCGGAAAACCCCUCAUUUACCUACUAUCGGCUCUGCAUAAAUACUGUCGCCCACCUUGCCGCUGCUAUCCACACCCGAGCUUGCAGCCCGUCAUCUGCAUCCUCGACACGAAACGGUUCGCUGUCGGACGCUGCUGGAGGACGACGUCAUCAUGAAGCCCGCUUCCGCUAUCGCAUGGUUCUCCGGGACUGCUUGCGCAACACAAACCCCGCUUGCGCUAUUCGAAAACCCUGCCGCGGCGUCUCGAAUCCCGACCAGCUAUGAAUCCGCCGUCAUGGGCCGUCGGAUACUUGCUCUGACCAAGCUGGCCACGUUCUCGACUGUCUUCCCCGACACGCACUCGCGCGGCUCCGACCAUGAACAAGUUCCGAACCCCCUCGAGAACCGACCCGCGGGACUGGAAGGCGUUCCCAUCGGUCUCAUGGACUAUAUUGCGGACUGCGAGGACGAUGGUAAUCCGACGAUCUUGGCCAUCAAGAUCGGUACCAGCUUCAAGAAUGCUCGCGCUGGGUCCAACGUCACGGUGUCCAUGAGGUGGACGCCGCCAUAUCCCCCGGCGAAGCGUAUUUCUUUCAUUUCUCGACUGUCGGCGUUCAUCCCCUUCUUUGGCCCCGACUGCCCGUACAACACGGCCCCGGAGCACCCGGACGUGCCAGACACGGUUCCAUAUUCGGCUGCGAACCUACCCCGCUUCUCCCUGCUGGGUUACUUGGAGAACAUUGACGCGGACGACUCUAAGGCGACUGAUCUAGCCGUAUGCUACACCAAGAAGCACCGCGAUGCCAGGUAUUGGCUGCCGGGCAAUCGGAUACACACGAGCGAGUGGAUGCGGCUCGUGGUGACGAGCGUGUAUUGGAUCGGCGGGUUCGGCGACAGAGCGUAUAUUGGCUGGAUCCCUCUUCAAGAGUGGCAGAACGUGACUCGCAAGGAGUGGGAGUCGAUCCAGCUCCCAGGUGAGAAGAAGGGUUGGAGCGAAUGGAGCGUCGACCCGCUUGGCGAGCUGUGAGAAGUCGUGCCAAGAGGCCACCGGAUACGAAUCAUUUGAGAUGCGUGAUGAAUUGUUUUGAUAGCAUUGUGGCAGCAUCAUGAAUAGCAGCUUGCUUUGGACCCGUCUUGGAGGCUGCAAACUUGCCACUCCUUCAUCCUAGGUCUCACGUGGAUCGUGCGUUGGGCGGUCAGUAGGGGGAGCACUCGCCGUGACGGCAUGCUGCUGCUGACUGGAAGACUAUGCGGACUAAAUCUGCAACCUCUCGCGUGGACCGUUGAGGCGGCAAGACGAUUGAUUUAGCCUGCCGCGGGUCGCUGGGCGGUUUCGUAUUUGAUAGGUGCAAUACGGGAGCAGUUCAG